UCGUACGUUGCGCGGUGCGGUCGCGACAUUCGCUCAACCUUCCCGGUGUCCAACUCCGGUCGCACUCGCGACUGUGCGCCACGUACAUACACGCAUACGUCCUGACCUGUGUUUGACUUGGUGCACGCGUCUUUCUACGAAAGUGUUAGUGCGAGACGGAGCGAGGGAGAGAGAAAGAGGGAGAGGAAGAGAGAGAGGGAGAAAGAGAGAGAGAGAGAGAGAGAGGAGGGAUAUACGAGUAGGAAAAAGAGAUGCGGGAGGAGAGUGUGCAGCAGGAAACGCGAGUGCUUUUUCGCCGCAGUGCCAAGACGGAUUAAGGACGGAGGCGCGAGCGUCGGACGGAUCUCAGGAGUCGAUAAUCGUUCUGCGAGUCGAUCUCCAAGGAAUCGUCACUUUCGAUGGAUUCUACGAGGAACGGAGGCACUCCACAACGUGUGAAGCUUUAACAGCGGGCGAAAAAUUACGAAGAAAAGUGUCGUUCAUCGAACUUAAACGAGAUUCAUACAAAGUUUUCGUUGCCAUUUUCGCGCUCGUUAAUAAAUGAGAAAAGUGUACUCGGUUCGCGAUAAUAAGAUAACCACGAUGAAUCGCGUUGUGCUGUGAACAGUGCAUGGAAAGAUCAAUCUAGGAACAGCCACUGUCGUCGCAAAUGGAGUUUCUUCACGCGGAUGCGUUCGAGCCCACGAAAUGGUGAAAUGAUCGUGUACUUAGUGUAUCGUGGACGCUGCAGCGAUUUCUAAGAAGCAAUUGUCCAAGACUAAGAUGUACCCCGCGCCGGCGAGACAUCCCGCCGCUCCCGGCGGCGGCGGUAGCGGCGGGGCUGCUGGCGGGCUGAAAUUCACGGUGGCGGACACUUGCGAGAGGAUCAAAGAGGAAUUCAAUUUCAUCCAGCAGCAGUACCACUCAUUGAAGCUUGAGUGCGAGAAGUUAGCUAGUGAGAAGACCGAGAUGCAGAGGCACUACGUUAUGUAUUAUGAGAUGUCAUACGGCCUCAACGUUGAAAUGCACAAACAGACGGAAAUCGCAAAGAGGUUGAACGCGAUAAUCGGGCAAGUGCUUCCGUUCCUGGCGCAAGAGCAUCAGCAGCAGGUGGCCAAUGCCGUGGAGAGGGCGAAGCAAGUCACCAUGUCCGAACUGAACGCUAUUAUCGGGCAGCAACAGCAGCAAGGUCUUCAACAGCUACUGCAACAGAUCCAUGCGCAGCAACUGCCUCACUUGGCACCGCCGCCGCAUCCCGCGGCCGCGGCUGCGGUCCAAGCACAGGCGCAAGCGCUGCUGAAACCUGCCGAUCUACAACAGCAUCGCGCGGCCGCGGAGACACCCGAGGAUCGUAAGCCGAUCGCUCUGCCGGACGAGAGGCUCGGCCAUCGCUCGGUCUCUCCACCUGAGAAAUUUCGCAGCCGCACACCCGACCUCGAGAGCGACCCAAAGAGGCGGAAGGAGGAGAAGCUAGGACAUGAGAGCGACGCUGAAAAGAGCGACCAGGACCUGGUCGUCGAUGUGGCGAACGAGGAGGCGUCGUCGCCGCACGCGAACGGGGAGCACUCGGACCCACGUGAAAACGGCACUCUGGAGAAGCUGGGCGCACCGGGCCACGUUGGCGGACCGGUAUCCGGCGCGGGCUCGGCAUCCGUUAAGGACAGGCCGCCGUCGCGCAGCGGCAGCUCCUCCGCCCGUAGUACACCGUCUCUGAAAAGUAAAGAUGUCGACAAGCCGGGUACACCUGUGGCGGCGGCGAGGGGCUCGCGCAGUUGUACGCCAACUAUGGGCGGCAUCCCUGGAUCCUUGGCGCGGGUCUAUCAUCCGCCAUCGUCGCAGCAAACGCCACCGCAGGGUUAUCAGGGCUUGCCAUCCCGCGGCAAUGAGCCGCCGCAGUCGCCCUCGCCAUACAGCAACUUGCCAUACGCGCGGCCCUCCAUGAUCGGUUUCGACGGUCACAUGAGGAUACCCGCGAGUAACGGAUUGAACAACAUCGCAGGUGGCAAACCGGCGUACUCCUACCAUAUGAACGGCGAGGGCCAAUUGCAGCCUGUACCAUUCCCCACGGACGCUCUGGUAGGACCGGGUAUCCCGCGUCACGCACGUCAGAUUAACACCCUGACACACGGCGAAGUGGUUUGUGCCGUUACGAUCUCGAAUCCGACCAAGUAUGUCUACACCGGCGGCAAAGGUUGCGUCAAGGUCUGGGAUAUCGGCCAAAGUGUCGGCAGCGCCAGCGUGAAACCAGUUUCGCAGCUGGACUGUUUGCAACGUGACAAUUACAUUAGAUCCGUGAAACUUCUACCUGACGGGAGGACCUUGAUAGUAGGCGGAGAGGCCAGUCAACUGAGCAUUUGGGACCUAGCUAGUCCCACGCCCAGAAUUAAAGCAGAAUUAACUUCGUCGGCGCCUGCGUGUUACGCCCUGGCGAUCUCGCCGGACUCGAAAGUCUGCUUUAGCUGCUGUAGCGACGGCAAUAUCGCCGUGUGGGAUUUGCAGAAUCAGUCGUUGGUCAGGCAAUUUCAAGGUCACACGGAUGGCGCGUCCUGCAUCGACAUCUCGGCUGAUGGAUCAAAAUUGUGGACCGGCGGUCUCGACAAUACCGUGCGCUCCUGGGACCUUCGCGAAGGUAGACAACUGCAGCAGCACGAUUUCACCUCGCAGAUAUUCUCUCUCGGUUACUGCCCCACCGGGGAGUGGCUGGCCGUCGGAAUGGAGAACUCGAACGUCGAGGUACUUCAUGCUACCAAAUCCGACAAAUACCAGCUGCAUCUGCACGACUCCUGCGUGCUCUCGCUGCGUUUCGCUUCCUGCGGCAAGUGGUUCGUCUCGACUGGCAAGGACAAUCUGCUGAAUGCGUGGCGUACGCCAUACGGUGCUUCAAUAUUUCAGUCCAAGGAGUCGUCGUCGGUGCUGAGCUGCGACAUUUCCGCAGACGACAAGUACAUUGUGACCGGAUCCGGCGACAAGAAGGCCACUGUAUACGAAGUGAUUUACUAAGCCUAUUCCUAAUAAAGAGACUUGCCUUUCCUUCUUUAAUAACAUUAAAAUCAUGAACUUUGUUAAUGUGUAUUCUAUCCUUUCGCGAGGAAGGAAGGCGCGAAGAGAUCCCGAAAAUAGGGAAACUCUCGGCGGCCUUAGAGCCAGUGUGGCUGAUAAAUGUGUACAUAUACGCAUACGCGAAAUUGUAUUGUAACGAAAUUACAAAUAGAAGAAUGAAAAAUCGAUGUGUGUGCGCGCGUGUUUAUGAAUGAGCGGGAUCAGCGAUGUAUAUUAAUCUUGCAUGUGCGCGUCCCGAUUUCGCGAGUGCGUGUCCCGAUUCUCCGCCGAUUUACAGUACAUACGCGUAAUAUCUGCGCGCGGACGGGACUUCUAUUUGUCACGUGUAUACAACGAGCGUACGCAUUGACGAUGGAACGGCGUUCCAUCCAACCGGAGCGGUUCGCAUACGCACUAAAGUAAACGAGAAGAGCCUUCGCAAACGGUGAUGUUAGAUAUACAAGGUGAUUCUUGAUUGCACGCCGAUAUCAUCGGAAAACAAGUUUAAGAGUCUAGAACAAGGCAAAAAUGCUAAACGAGCUUUCGUUAUUUAGCUUUUAGUUUUCCUGAAUGAUGAUAAAUUUAAAAAAAAUAUAUCUGCAAGCAUUUACGCUAUAUGGCUCGAUUUAUUAUCAGGGUUGAUAAAGUCACAUUUUAAAC